UUUCUGUCAAUAGUAGUGUUUUGGGUGCGUUUAGGGUGUAGAACCGCUGUUUCGUACAUAAUCACUCCUCUUUUAAUAUAAAUGCAGUUAAACCUGCGUUAAACCCGAGUAAAAAUCGUCGUUUUAUUUAACGCACAGUCAUGGCUUGGCGCUUCAAAGCCUCAAAAUACAAAAACGCCGCCCCCAUCGUUCCUAAACCAGAGAACUACGUGCGCGAUAUCUGCGUGGGGUCUUACCAAACCUAUGGAAACAACAUUGCAGCUUCGGCCAAAUUCAUGGCCUUUAAUUGGGACCACGCCGGUUCGAGUCUUGCUGUUCUACCUCUCGAUGACUCAGGCCGGAAGAGCAAACUGAUGCCCCUUUUGCACGCGCAUUCCGACACAGUAACCGACUUGGAAUUCUCGCCGUUUCACGAUGGCCUCUUGGCCACGGGGUCCCAAGAUUGUCUUGUAAAAAUUUGGCAUAUCCCCGAGGCGGGGCUUCAAGAAUCGCUCAGUAACCCCGAGUGUACGUUUUCGCAUAAGCAACGUCGAGUAGAGACCGUGGGGUUCCACCCCACGGCGGAUUUCCUCCUCCACUCGACCUCGUACACGACUUUGACUCUCUGGGACCUAAUCUCAGGUCAGGAAGUCUUCUCCAACGCCGAACCAUCAGAUGUUAUCCAAUCGGUGAGUUGGAAAAGAGACGGGACUCUCAUCGCGACCUCUUCCAAAGAUAAACAAGUCCGAAUUUUGGACCCGCGGGUCGAGCAAUCGUGCAUUAAGACGGCUAAUAGCCACCAGAGCAUCAAAGACUCGAGGAUUGUUUGGCUCGGUGAUAGUAAUAGAGUCUUGACCACGGGAUUUGACGCUCAAAGACUCCGACAAAUCAUCAUCCGUGAUUUGCGAAAUUUCGGCGAAGCGGAAAAGAGCAUAGAACUUGAUUGUUCUACCGGAAUUCUUAUUCCGCUCUAUGACGCCGAUACCGGAAUGUUGUUUUUAGCCGGCAAAGGUGAUACAACGAUCGGAUAUAUGGAAGUUAUGGACAAGGAGCCGUAUUUGAUGGAAGGAAUACGGCAUUCAGGAGAGCAGACCAAAGGGGCUUGUCUUGUACCCAAAAGAGCGCUGAAUGUUAUGCAAGGCGAGGUAAAUAGGAUUUUGCAGCUGACAAGUACCUGCGUUAUUCCGAUCACGUAUCAAGUACCCAGGAAAACUUACAGAGAUUUCCACGCCGACUUGUACCCCGACACCCCCGGAUACAAGACUGAAUUAACGGCCGCUCAAUGGUUGAACGGCAAAAACAUUCCAUUGCCGAAAAUUAGUUUGGAUCCUUCUAAACGCGAAAAUGGCGAAGAACCAAUCAUAGUACAUAGAGGACCCCUUUUGAAACUCCGAGAAGAGUACGAAAACGAAAAAGUAAUCGAACCAAAACCCGUCCCUAAAAAACCCUUUGAACCUAAAAUCACGGCUACGAUAACGAAAAAUGAUUUUCAUCCGGUAAAGGAAAUUCUAAAAGAUUUAGAAAAGUCGGAAAAGCCGGAAAUUCAAGAUAACAAAGUUGCGGAAAAUAACAAGAUUAAUUUGGAAGAAACAGCAGUACCGAAUGUCGUACCACCAAAACCCUUACCGCGCACUUCUAGAACCGGUUCGAUUUGUGAACCACUGGAAGACCAAAAUAACCCUCCUAAACCAGUCGCUAGACCUAGGACGAACAGCGCGAUUCCUAUCGUCACAUCAGUUAACCCCAAUGUGCCCAUAGCAGGAGGAUACAAGCCUCGUUUGGGUCCAAAACCCUUCACCCCUCCGAAACUCAACGAAUCGGAAAGCAGUUUCGACAAGGUGUUUUCGGUCCCGGCCGUUCCCGGACAACCGCAACAAAGUAACGGAGUCCAUGAGCCGAGAACUCCAGAAUCGCUUCCCCCCACUCCCUCACAACCGGAAAAAGAAGUUGAGGAGGAAGCACCCGAACCCCCGAAGACGCCAAGUACAGCCGAACGAAGGAAACUCUUCGAGAGCAAUACCAAGGAGAACGAACCGGAAGAUAACUUUGACGUUAUCGAUCAAAGCGGAAAUUUUGAAAGGGCCUCGCCACAAAGGAGUAGCAUAGCUGAGAGGAGAAAAAUGUACGAAAAUCGAUCGCAGUCAGUACAGGAAACGCCGACUAUUAUCGAGAAGGCGGGAGGGUCACCGGUGAUGUUGCGUAGGAAGGAUUCGUUCAAGAAUAGAAAGAAUGUGGAGGAUGUGUUGAAAGAAGAUAAUAACAGAAAAAGUGGACAAGUGUCGAAACAAAUGUCCCUAGAUCAGGGGGCCAGAAAGAGCGAGAAUUUUGCCACGCCCACACCGAAGAGAACGUCCACAGUAUUUGGUCGGGUAUCGAAAUUCCGCCACCUCAAAGGCACACCUGCCCACAAAUCGCUCCACAUCGAGAACAUCCGCAACCUCAGCCGCCAAAUCUCGGGUGAAUGUGACGGCUUCCACGCAAACCCCGACCGCGUGGCGGUACCUCUGAGCGGCCCUGGUGGCAAAAUCGCCAUUUUCGAGUUAAGCAAAACGGGUAAAUUACCCGAUGGAGUGAUUCCUGCCCUAGUCCAUGGCAGUAACAUCAUGGAUUUCGCUUGGGACCCAUUCGACAAUCAACGUCUGGCAGUGGCGUGUGAUGAUGGGGUUAUCAAGUUGUGGAAAAUCCCAGAAUCUGGACUCAGUGAACCAACAAACGCGGCGGAAGCCGAGUUUAAUGCUCAUCCCGAUAAAAUUUAUUUUAUCAAGUUUCAUCCUACUGCCAAGGAUGUCUUGGCGUCGGGAUCGUAUGAUAUGACUAUAAAAAUCUGGGAUUUAACGAAUUUGAAUGAGAAGAUUGUCUUAAGGGGGCACACGGAUCAGAUGUUUAGUUUCGCGUGGUCGCCGUGUGGGGCGUUUUGUUCGACGGUGAGCAAAGAUGGGAAAAUCAGGAUUUAUAAACCAAGGGCCGGGGAUUUGCCCAUUAGAGAGGGGAAAGGGCCGGUUGGGAGUCGAGGAGCGAGGAUUGUUUGGGCCUUGGAUGCAGGAUUUAUCGUCGUUACAGGAUUCGAUAAAGUUUCAGAGAGACAAAUUAUGGUUUUUAAAGCCACUGAUUUGUCAAAUCCAUUAAAUACGAUUGGUUUGGAUGUAUCGCCGGCUAUCUUGAUUCCAUUUUAUGAUGAAGACAGUUCGACUUUGUUUGUGACGGGGAAAGGCGAUUUGACUAUUUAUGCGUUCGAAAUUACGGAAGAAUCACCCUAUAUAUGCCCCUUGAGUCACCACAGGUGCAAUAAUCUACACCAAGGUCUUUCAUUUUUGCCAAAAAAUGUUUGUGAUGUGACUAAUGUUGAAUUCGCGAAAGCACUAAGACUCACUAAUAAUACGAUAGAGCCCUUGUCUUUCACUGUUCCAAGGAUUAAAACGGAACUCUUCCAAGACGACUUAUUCCCCCCGACCAAGGUCACUUGGAAACCAAGUGUGACAAGCAUAGAAUGGUUCAAUAAUAAAGAUAAAAGCCCACAAAGGAUCAGUCUCAAACCAGAAGGCAUGGAUUUGUUAUCCGAGUCUCAAGGUCAGACUAAUCCUGAAAGGACCAUAAAUAAAUCUGCUUCCACUCCUUUUAUCGGAGCCUCUCAGCCUUACAAUAGGUUAGCAUGGAAUCCUGAUUUAAAUGAAAAAACUAAACUGAAACAAGAGGAGUUACAGAAGUCUGUAAGUAACAGAAUGGAAGUCAACUUGAAAUUGGAACAGGACGAAAUGGAAGGAGUUGAUGAAAAAGAAUGGACCGAUUAAUUUGAAAUUUUGACUCUUUAGCCCGCCUUAUUAUACAUGACAUAAUUUUUAAUUUAAUUCCUAGUAUCGCAUAAGAUAUAAUCAUCGCUUAAUUUCGAUAUUAUGCAAUUUAUAAAAGUGAUUUUUUAAUAUUUUUAUAGAUUUUACGCUUUAAUAUUUUUCUACAGUUAUUAUGACAUCUAGUCAGAUUUUUUUCUAUGUGAUCUCUUUGAUAAUUCUCCAAACAUUCCGGACUUCGCAUUUAUCCUGCCAUAGCGGUGCCAAAAUUAAAAUGACCAAAUUUUUUGCUCACUCCCGAUAAACCAAUCGCUCAAAACAAUUUUUUUAGUCAUUUAAGUGCUAUAAUUUAUUUUGUAUUGUGUAAUUUAGUGUUGUGACAGUGUAGGAUGUAGUUCAUGUAAGGUUUAAAUGUCACUAAAUUAUUUAUUACUUUUUAUUUCCUGAUAAAAAAGCAAAUAUACAACUUUUCCAGAUAAA